UCCUCAGAUUUAGGGCUAGUUUCAGCUUGUGCUAACUCUGUACACGUGCACGCGCGCGCGCUGUCCUCGCGCAUUUUCCGGGAAGAGAAAUGGGAGAGACGGCAUGGCGCGUUACACAACACACGGGUCUGUAGGGGAGAAGAAAAGUUUACACUGUUACGGAGGAAGCGAUUUCUGACGGAUUACUUUCAAGAUCGCGAGAAAAACUAAAGAACCGGUGUACCAGGACAGGUGUGGUGUGCUCCACUCUAACUCCAGCAUUCAGUGAUCAGCCAGAUCUUGGCUUGCCGCUGUCACUGGACACUUUAGAGGCCAUGUCAGAGUGUGACUUGCCUGUUGCCUUCACUCGUGGCUCCCGUUCACGGGCCAGCCUCCCUGUGGUGCGUUCUGCUAACAAGACCAGGGACCGCUCACUAGGUGUUCUGUACCUGCAGCAUGGUGAUGAGACAAAGCAAAUCCGGAUGCCCAAUGAGAUCACAACUGUAGGCACGGUGCAAGCUUUGUUUGUCAGCGCUUUCCCACAGCAGCUCAGCAUGAAAAUGCUUGAGUCUCCCAGCACAGCCAUCUACGUUAAAGAUGACAUGAGAAACAUGUACUAUGAGCUGAGUGAUGUCAGGAGCAUCACAGAUCAGUCGUGCCUGAAGGUUUACCACAAGGACCCAGCACAUGCCUUCAGCCAUGCAGCUCGACCCAUCAACGGAGAUGCUAGGAUGCACAGAGAGGUGAUGUACACAGGUCGAGAUGCUCCUCCUUUGAUACGGCAGACAUCAAACAGCCCAUCUCUUCCUCCAACUCCUCAACCGGUGACUGCUUUGCCUUCACGUAUUCCCUUUGGCCCCCGCACAUCAGGGGGAGGAGCUACUAUGCCUCGUGAAAGAGCAGGCCACCCAAUGGCCACGACUUCCCACUCACCUUCACCAUGCCCCAGUGCCAUCCUUGAACGGCGUGAUGUCAAGCCAGAUGAAGAUGUCUCUGUCAAAGGCACUGGGAGGGGGGGAGAGGGAAUCUACAGUGAUACGUUUCUGUUACAUCAUCAUACUCCACCCUUAGAAACAAUGGACCAAGGGUACCAUCGUACUUCUGUCCGUUCUUAUGGCAUUUCUGGAAUGACUAUGGAGUCAACAGAGCAUCACUCCCUGUUUCGACAGAAAAGCUGGAAGACGCCUCCCUCGUCGCCGCACAGAGUGGGUGAGAUGAGGGUAAUUGACAUCCAGGCCAGCCAAUGUCAAGGCACUUUGGGACUUGAAAGAUCAUCACCUGUCAGACAAUCAUUUAGAAAGGAAGGGCCUAUUGCUGUAGAUAAAGGCAGGAAUACAGUGGGAUCUCCCGUGACCCCUGAUCUUCAGGUUCAUGGUCCUCUUGUGCCGCCUGGUGAACCUAAGACACGAGAGAGAAUGAGGGCUAUGGAGGAGCAGAUAGCCAGUUUGACUGGGCUUGUUCAGCAUGCACUACUAAAAGGCCCCAGCAUUAACAGAGGUGAUGGGGAGAAUGCCAGUGACAGAUCCGUGAAGUCAGGAUCACCUGUACACAGCACAUCUAGCACAGAAGGUUCUUCUCCGGUGCUUGGAACCAAAAUUGCAGAUGUUACACCUGAGAGCAACUCGAUCACAACACAUCCCAUUAGUGCCAUCCCACUACAGGUGAACCUCCUACAUUUCAGGAAGAACAUCUCUGGCCUGCGCCUCCAGUUGCAAGAGAUUAGGCAACUCCAGUUGCAGAAUCAGGAGUGUGUGCGUGCACAGAUUAAACAGGUGGAACAAGAGAUCAGCGAAAGGCUGGCUGAAGAGUUGAGACGACAAGAAGAUCCUGUACAGAGACAACGAGCUCUAGUCGAGGAAGAGAGACACAAAUAUCUCAGCAUGGAAGAAACAGUUCUUUCACAGUUAGGGGAUCUGGAGCGAUACAUAGAGUCUGUGAGAAAGGACUCAAGCUCAUCCACAUCUGUGAGACCAAUCACCCUGAAGGAAGUAGAGGAAGGAGCAGUGGGCCUGAGGAAAGUUGGAGAAAGUCUGGCAUCACUUAAAGGAGAGUUCCCAGCACUGCAGGGGCGAAUGAGGGCUGUGCUCCGAGUUGAGGUGGAGGCUGUGAAGUUUCUCAAAGAGGAGCCACACAAACUGGACAGUAUGCUGAAGCGAGUCAAAUCACUUACUGAAACUCUCAGCACUUUGCGAAGGCGUGCCACAGUUGGUUUAAUGAAAUCUUCAGAUUCUGCCAUUACCACAGUGGUGGAUGGGGCAGAACCUCCUGCUGAUCUUCAGAACACAGUCAAUUUGCUUGAGCCUCAGAGAUCAUCUGUGGGUUCAGAGGUUUUCAUCUCCCAGUCUCUGGUACCCCAUUGUGCUCAGAGCUCUAUCCCACCCACUCCUGAGAUACCUACAAAGCAGACCAGCAACAAGAGCCAUGCUGAUGUAUGCAGCUCAGCUCACACAGAACUCACACCACCACAGAGCAGUAGUGGAACAGCUCUUAGCAUUGCCCAUUUAAAUGGAUCUUCCGGCAACGGAGCUUCAAGCCUAUUUAUUGAGGAGAUCAUAAGUCACAGCAAGGGCAAAAAUAGAGUCCCAUCCAUUGAGGCGGCUGAGAAAGAGUGGGAAGAAAAGCGACAGAGCAUGUCUCAUUACGAUGGCGGGGAGUUUGAGAAGAUGCUGCAGGAAGCAGAAGCCAACAUGAUGAGGGGAAUACCAAGCAUGGAAGUUCCAGGUGAGGGUGGCAUUAUUUCAAGCCCUGCUGCAGUGCCUGGUUCUGUCAGAGAAGAGCGAGUGGAAAAACCCAAGCCUUCUGCAGUUCCAACACAAGAAGACAAGCUGCCUGAUGUGCCCGGAUCUGAGAAGUCCACUAAAACAGGACCUGAUAAAGCUUCAAAACCCCAAUUUGAAAAGGCUGCUAAAGCAGCAGCAGUGUUGGGUAAACCUGUAAAACCAAACUUGUCAAUCAAAACAAGCUUGGAGAGACCUCCAAAGUCUCAGGAUAAAGUCAGUAAAACAAGCCAGAGUUCAGAGAAGACCAACAAAUCUCCUCCUCCACCUCCUCCACGCAGGAACUACAUCAACAGCACUGGGACCCGCACAGGAGAGGUCAUAUACUCCUGCAGGAAGGAGCCUGGAUCUGCACAGGAAGGUGAAGUUGAGGCUCCAAAUCCAGCACCUCAGCACAGACCAAGAAGUUCCCCAGACGUGAAGAACAAGCUGUGCACUCCUGUACCUGCCACAACUUCUGCCAUUCUGGAAGAGGGGGACAAGAUUGUGACAGAACUGCAGGCUUUCCAGAAGUGUCUGGUUAAGGACAUAGAGCACAAAGGUUUGAUAGAGCCACAGAUCAAAGAGCUAAGAUCUGGGGCCUUACUGUCCCUCAAAGAUAAGAAGAAUACAGAAAUCCAGGACAACAAAGAUCUGGUCAUGGACGAUAAUGGCAACACAGUACGUCAAAAUACAGGGGUCAUCUAUUACGUCACAGCACAGAUCACCAAGGAACCUCCUGAGGAGUCAACUGACCACAGAGCUGCAUCUCAGUCAUCCCCAUCACAGGUGUCACAUGUCAAUACUUAUCAGAAAAACAAGCAACUGGUAUCCUCAGAUGGCCUAUCUGGUAUCCCAGGCCAUGGCCUAGACAACAUUUGGAGUUUUCCUAGCGAUCUACCAUAUAAACAACUGACUUGUUCAAGCUCAAUGAAGACAAAGGAACAAGGCCCAGGUAGCCCUACACAGGGAAAAGUCCAUGUAGUCAAGGUUCCACAGGUGCAACUUAGCAUAGAGGAGACAGUGGCAUCUCCAACAGCAAUUUGUACAGCAGUCUCCCCUGGUGGCUCUGACCUUAUUCACUCUAAGAUACCUGCAAAUCACGGUGAGGUGAAUUCAGCAAAUCAGCAGGAGGUGUUUAGUUUGCCCAAGAAUAGGGAGCGCAAAUAUGAAGAAGAAAGUGAAACUUUCCUCAAUCCUGACUUGUCAGAAGAAGAACCUCCCCCCCCUCCUCCACCUGAUAAUAUUGCCUUCAUGAUCACCAACACCAAAGUGCAGGCUUUGUCCACUGGAGAGUACCAGGAGCUUGUAAAUGCUAAAAGAGGGAAUGUGCAAACUGUGACUGUAGGCAGCAAACCACAGAAUAACCAAGGCACUGACAAUGCUGAAAAUAGAGAAUCCAAUAAAAAGCCAGUCAUCAUCAUUUUUGAUGAACCAAUGGAUAUACGCUCAGCCUACAAACGCCUUUCCACCAUUUUUGAGUGUGAAGAGGAACUAGAAAGAAUGUUGGCUAAAGAAAGGAUAGAGGAAGAAAGUGAUGAAACUGAUGAUGAGGAUAAAAGAAAUGGGGGAGUUCAAGUAGCACAAGAUGGGGAUAAGAUGAAUUCUGGAAACGAACAAAAUGGGGUUUCAUCUUCAUCAAUGUUAUCUGAUGGGGAGACUGUAACACUGACUACUAGUAAUACCAAACAGGAUGUUAAGAAGAAGUUCAAGUUUAAGUUCCCUAAAAAGCAGUUGGCAGCUCUAACACAGGCCAUUCGCACUGGUACUAAGUCAGGCAAGAAGACUUUACAGGUGGUGGUGUAUGAAGACGAGGAGGAAUCAGAUGGUAUGAUUAAACAACACAAAGAGACCAAGAGAUUUGAAAUUCCUUGCUCUAAGCAAGAUCAGACAAAAUCAGACACAAAAUCAGAGUCUGUUCCCCAAGAAACACAUGGAAGGACAGAAGAGAUCCGAAAGAGCACUUACAAGACACUUGAUAGCCUUGAACAGACUAUCAAACAGCUUGAGACCACAAUCAAUGAAAUGGGUCCAAAGUCUUCUAAUGAUUUGCUGUCCACUGAAUGCUCUAAACCUCCUAGCAGCCAGGGAGCAGAAGCUUUAGACAAAGUAGUUCCUCAGAAACGUUUGGUCACCAAAGCUUACAACUCCAGCAAGCGCCCUAGCCUUCGGAAGAAGCCCAAACCACAUGUUCUUCCUCGGCCUGCUGUGAUCACCACAACAGGGGUGUCUGUCACCAGAGCUCCUCAUCAGCAGAAUAACAACGUGGCCUCUCCUACUAGUCGGAUGCCAGUGCCCAUGUCUGCCAAAACCAGGCAGCAGCCAGGCACCUCAGACAGAGAGAGGGCAACAAAACAGCUAAAGCUGCAAGACACACAGAGGCAGUUUCGCCAGGCUAAUGGAAUUGCUAAAAGAUCUGGAGGAGAUCCAAAAUCCACUUCCCCUACUAUUUCUGCCUCUAAAAUCCCUGCUUUUUCCUCUAGUGCAGGAAAAUGUGCUUCUCAGCCUGAUGCUACUAACCCUGUUAACCACUCUGCUGUUCUCUCUUCCUCCUCCUCCUCAUCUAAGUCUUCCAUCCCCAACACUCGCUCUAUCCCUAACUCUUCCUCACAGAUUUCCUCCCUUUCUAAUGGUUCUCUUAAGCUUGCACAGUCCACUCACAACACUAAAAGCUUGUCCUUGUCCACACAGACUCAAAAUGGAAGAUAUUCCUCCUCUUCCUCUUCCCACUCUGCUCUGUCCCCUACCAUGUUGUCACAGGUUUCAAAGAGUAUCCGAACCAUUCACACGCCCAGCUUCAUCAGCUACAGUCGGCCACACAACAGGAGUGCUGGGAAAUCAGCUAUUCCCACAGCAACAAGCACCAAGGACGCAUCAUAGAAUGCUCGACUGCUUUGCCAUCAUUUGCUUCUGUUGUAAUGAGGUAGUGCUGCUCUGAAUUUGCUCAAAUUCAGUAUACCUUUAUACUCUGAUACUUCUGUAGCCACAUUACAUCCAGUUCUGUAUACAUUUACAGCAUUUGGCAGACGCCCUUAUCCAGAGCGACAUACACAAUUGCUUAAUUUCUCUCAUUGAAUGCAUAAACUCUGGUUCACUAGGCUAAAGACUUAAAUACCAUGAAUCACUGUUCAGAGUUUUUUUUUUUUUUUUAAAUACACACAUACAACAAACAGGAAAGAAAGUGCUAGUUGAAGUGUUUCCUGAACAAGUAGGUCUUCAACUGUCGUUUGAAAAUAGCCAGUGACUCAGCUGUCUGGUCUGGACCCCUAAGGGAAGUUCAUUCCACCACCUUAGUGCCAGAACAGAAAAGAGUCUUGUAGUAUACUUGCCUCUUACCCUGAGAGAUGGUGGGAUGAGUGGAGCAGUGCUGGUAGAUCGGAGAGUGCGACUCUCAGUGAGGGUAUACUUUAAGUGUUGAUUUUUUAUUUUAUUAUUAUUAUUAUUAUUUUGCCUUUUUUCAUUCAGACCUGUGGCUGUUGCAUAUUCAUACAUUAAUUAUUUUUUGAUCCUCACUUCAUUUUGUGGAGUGUUCGAAGCUUGAAUUAUCUGAAAGACAUGGUACCAGAAUACUGAUCUACUUAAAAGUGAGUAGGUAUUCCUAAAUAAAUGCAAGAUAAAACUGGAUGCUCAUACAAUAUAUUUAUCUGUUGGUCUUUUUAGUUUGACAGAUGGUUGUAGCAAUUAUUAUAAUUUGUUUGCUUUAAAGUACCGAUAAUGUACCUGUAUUAGUUUUCUGAUUAGCAUUUUGAGUUUUUUGGUGUUUUCAGAUUACUGCCAAUGUAUUUAAGAUUUUUGUCAGUGGUGAUUAUUCCUGUUUGCCAAAGUUAUUUCAUUUUCUAUCCUCGUUAUACAAAAUGAAUGAAUAUACUCCAACAGAUCCUACCUAUAUGAAAUUCUCUAGCUUUACCAUAGGGCUAUGGCUUUUAAGUUAAUAAAUGUGCUCUUAUAAAUAGUGUACUACCCCUGUAUAUACUUUGAGUUGAGUUUUGGUUACAUGCUGCAGAAAGGUUUAUUUCUGUGUCUGUCUGAAUCUGUAGAGAAAUAAUGCCAUAGCAUGUGAAACAAUACACGUGCCUGCACAGAUGUUGUAAAUAGAUUCUUUUUAGAUUGUGUAAAGCUUUAAAAACUUAACACUUAAUACCUAAACUGCUUAAAAUGUCUUUGGGCAAGACUCUGAAAACAUUAAACAUCUGCAUGUUUGUCAUCUGCAUUGCAUCUUAUUGUUAUUUU